UUUUUUGUUUUGAACAUAAAUCAUCUUUUUCUUCGAUUCUUAACUGUUGUCAAUGAAAUAUGAUAGAUCUAUCUUUGAACUAUCGAUUUAGAGCCUGAGAAUACCAUUAUAUACUCCCGUUUUUUCUCAAAUCUGAGUUUUGGCCGAAUAAGGCAAACUCGCGGCGGAGCACCACCGAGUCACGUUUAACCGGCGAGAAAUCGGCCAACUCGGCCGCGUUUUCGAACACAUUUGUAACAAAGCCUAAUUUUUUUCAAUUUCUCUUUCCUGCAAAAUCCAACAAGAACUCAACUCAGAAAAAAAUCGCGGAGAGAUGGGGAAACGGGGAGGAGCUAACAAGCUUACAAAAGCUCAAGGAGGACCGAAUCUCAAGUCCGUGCUCAGACACGACCACUUGAAGAAUCUCGCUCUCUGGUCUACCGGCGGAGAUACUCCCAUCCCGUCCUUAGCUACUUUCUUCGGUCGGCGUCUCGCAGCCGAUGGACAAGCUUCCGACAUUCCUCACGAUCCUGACCUCUUCUCUUGUCAAAGGUGUGAGACUGUUCUUCAGCCUGGCUUCAAUUGUAAUGUUAGAAUCGAGAAGGUUUCUGCUAACAAGAAGAAACACAUGAGGACAAGGUACAAGAAGAAGCCUAACAUGUUUCUGCCUCAGAACAAUGUAGUUUACUACUGCAACUUGUGUUCUCACCGUAAUCUCAAGAGAGGUACUACAAAUGGUCAGAUGAAAGACAUGUACCCGCCCAAGCCGAAACCAACUCGUCCACGUCCCAAGAUUGAUAAAGAGGUGACGGUGGUUGUAGCGCCUCAAGAAAUCGAAAGUAACAUACUACUUCCUUCUUCACCUGAAAGAAGAUGUGAGAAUGAUAGUGUUGUGGAGAAUACACCAAAGCCAAUGCUUACACUGGAGAGAGAGAAGAGAAUAAGGAAAUCCAAAAGUAAGAAACCAGUUGAGCCGGAAAGUGUUCCUGAGAAAAAAGCAACAGUUGGUGGUGGUGGAGGAUCGAAUAAGAGGAAGAGAAAAGCAUGGACAAGUAUGAAGGAGUUGUCUGAGACUACAACAACAAACAAGAGUUCCAGUUCUGUAAACUUUAAAAUACCUUUUCUCUUGUGAUUUUCUUCUAUGUGAUAUCUGACCCAACACUAAGUGAAGUUUUUCGAAUUAGUCCUAUCUUGUCUUUGUUUUCA